AAAAUUGGCGCCAGCGAUUCCCAAAAGCCCUAGGGUUUUAGCUUUUACCCUCUUCACUCAUUGUUAACAGCGCAAUCCUCUGCACUCUGUCUUCCCAGUCCCCCCCACAAAACCACCCCAAACACUCCAUCAAAUAGCUAACAGCAUCCAUGCGACCCAUCGUCUAGGUGUAGCAAACUGCAAAAGUUCUCAGUCUCUUCCGUCCAGCUCUUCCAUGGCGUCUUCUUCUGGACUCCGUAUAUCUUCCCUGCUUCGCCAUCAGCUCGCUCCACCUUCGGUGUCCAAUCGUUUCGUUAGAAUCUGCCAUGGGUUGUCAGAACUUCGCUUUCUAUCUACCGCGAAUUCCACAUCCUCCAGGUCCAUCCGAUUGGUGAAAUCCCGGCGCAGAGACGAGCCUGUGAAAGAGGGAGGGACUGACGGGCAGGAUGGAAAUGGCAGUUUAACUGUGAAGGAUAGAGGUGGGAGUGAUGGAAGGAUUGUUCAUGCAGAGCUUCACAAGGAGGCUACUGAUGCUUACAUGGCUUAUGCAAUGUCCGUGUUGCUCGGCCGUGCCUUACCAGAUGUUCGCGAUGGUUUGAAACCUGUCCACCGCCGGAUUUUGUUUGCCAUGCAUGAAUUGGGACUUUCAUCAAGAAAACCAUUUAAGAAAUGUGCAAGAGUUGUUGGAGAGGUUUUAGGUAAGUUUCAUCCGCAUGGGGAUACUGCUGUGUAUGAUUCCCUUGUUAGAAUGGCUCAGGAUUUCUCUUUAAGGUGCCCACUCAUCCAAGGCCAUGGAAAUUUUGGUUCCAUUGAUGCAGAUCCUCCUGCUGCCAUGCGUUAUACGGAGUGCAGAUUGGAAGCACUUGCAGAAGCAAUGUUGUUGUCUGACUUGGAGCUGAAUACGGUUGAUUUUGUUCCAAAUUUUGAUAAUUCUCAAAAGGAACCUUCACUUCUACCAGCUCGGUUGCCAACUUUGUUGCUGAAUGGUUCCUCAGGGAUUGCGGUUGGAAUGGCAACCAAUAUUCCACCGCAUAAUCUUGGCGAGUUAGUAGAUGCACUCUGUGUUCUUAUUCAUAAUCCGGAGGCUACAUUGCAAGAAUUGUUGGAAUACAUGCCUGGACCUGACUUUCCGACUGGUGGAUUAAUUAUGGGAAAUAAUGGUAUUUUAGAGGCAUAUCGAACUGGACGUGGACGUGUUACAGUUAGGGGGAAAAUUGACGUUGAACUGCUUGAUUUAAAAACUAAACGAACUGCCAUUAUUAUAAAGGAGAUACCUUACCAAACAAAUAAAUCUGCUUUGGUGGAGAAGAUAGCGGAACUUGUGGAGAACAAGACACUGGAUGGUAUAAGUGACAUUAGGGACGAGAGUGAUCGGUCUGGAAUGCGGAUUGUAAUUGAGCUUAAGCGAGGAGCAGAUCCAUUAAUUAUUCAGAAUAAUCUAUUUCGGCUUACAUCUCUUCAGUCUAGUUUUAGCUGCAAUAUGGUGGGUAUCAUUAAUGGACAACCUAAACUGAUGGGUCUGAAGGAAUUGUUGCAGGCAUUUUUGGACUUUCGAUGUUCUGUUGUAGAGAGACGUGCAAGGUUUAAGCUAUCACAGGCACAAGAGAGAAGACACAUCGUAGAGGGUAUUGUUAUCGGACUUGAUAAUUUGGAUGGAGUUAUUCAUUUGAUAAGGGAAGCUUCCAGCAAUUCUAUUGCAUCUGCUAGUCUGAGGACUCAAUUCAAUCUUUCUGAAAAACAAGCUGAAGCUAUAUUGGACAUUAACCUUAGGAGACUUACACACCUCGAGAGGAAGAAGUUUAUUGAUGAAAGUAAAUCCUUAAUGGAGAAUAUUUCCAAAUUAGAGGAGCUGUUGUCUAGCAGGAAGAACAUACUGCAGUUAAUAGAACAAGAAGCAAUUGAGCUGAAAAACAAGUUUCCCAGCCCUAGGCGUUCAAUUUUAGAAGACACUGAUAGUGGUCAACUUGAAGACAUCGAUGUCAUUCCAAAUGAAGAGAUGCUUUUGGCACUUAGUGAAAAAGGAUACGUUAAGCGGAUGAAACCCAGCACCUUCAAUCUUCAGCAUCGUGGAACAAUUGGAAAAUCUGUUGGAAAACUGAGAGUUAAUGAUGCAAUGUCAGACUUUAUUGUUUGUCGUGCACAUGACCAUGUUCUAUACUUCAGUGAUAAAGGAAUAGUCUAUUCAGCUCGUGCCUAUAAAAUUCCAGAAUGUGGCCGAACUGCUACUGGCACUCCAUUAGUUCAGAUCCUAUCUUUAUCAGAUGGAGAGAGAAUAACCUCCAUAAUCCCUGUGAGUGAAUUCGAUGGCGAACAGUUUCUACUAAUGCUCACGGCAAAUGGUUACAUCAAGAAAGUAUCUUUGAACUUCUUUUCAGCAAUCAGAACAACUGGAAUUAUAGCCAUUCAAUUGGUGAGUGGUGAUGAGCUAAAAUGGGUCUGCUGUUGCACAAAUGACAAUCUUGUGGCAAUGGCUUCUCAGAAUGGAAUGGUCAUUUUAAGUUCUUGUGAUAUUAUCCGCUCACAAGGCAGAAACACCAGGGGUGCAGUGGCCAUGAGACUAAAAGCUGGGGAUAAGAUGGCAAGCAUGGAUAUAAUUCCAGCUGCUGUGUGGAAUGAUUUAGAAAAGAUGCCAACAACUCCACGUGGCAGCUCCAAGGGCUUUAAUGGUCCAUGGCUCUUAUUUGUGUCCGAAAGUGGAUUUGGAAAGCGAGUUCCAUUGAGCAGUUUCCGCUUGUCUCCUUUAAAUAGAGUUGGUUUGAUUGGAUACAAGUUUUCCUUAGAGGAUCGCUUGGCAGCUGUUUUUGUAGUUGGAUUCUCAUUGGCAGAGGAUGGUGAAAGUGAUGAACAAGUAGUUCUAGUAAGCCAAAGUGGUACAGUUAAUAGAAUAAAGGUUCGGGAUGUUUCUAUACAAUCUCGCUAUGCCAGGGGAGUAAUUUUAAUGAGGCUGGAUCAUGCUGGAAAGAUCCAGUCCGCUUCUUUGAUCUCAGCUACGGAUACAGAACCCGAAGAAGAAGCUUAAAUUGCUUGCCUACUUUGACAUGGCCUAUGUAUUGACCUAAUCAAUGAAAUCCUCCAUCUUUGUCUGCAAUUUCUUCUGCCCAUCCUUACCUCUCCUGGUGAAGGUCGACUCGGCAUUUGGCAUCGGUUUUAUUUUGUAGCCAAAACCAGUUAUUUAAAUCGUCAUAGGGUGGUUGAACUUGCAAUGUGUACAUUGCAAUAUGUUUUGUUUUGGUAGGGCUGUUUCGCAUAGGUGAUUACCUAUUUUAUUUACUGUCUUUCCUGUUAAUUUGUCGAAGUAUAGGUGUGAUUGCUUGAAAAACUUCACCCAUGAUGUUGAAAAAUUUAUCUACUUAGAUCUUGUAAUCUUAAAUUUAGAAUUGUCACCCAUAAGGUAUAUCCAUGAAUUAUUUGUUGUCAACACUCUGAGAAAACAGUUAACAGUUCAAAUGGCAGUUCAGAUUAAUUGUUGUUCAA